AUGGAAGCCAUGCUGAUCACCACCGCCCGCAUCAACAAGUUCGCCGGAACAAACUUUCAUACGUGGAAGGUCAAGAUGCAGUUGGUGCUGGACGAGCGAGACCUGUGGGAUGUCGUGAGUGGGGAGGUGAAGCUUGAGCACUGCGUGUCGAUAUUGGACCAAGCAACGUUCAAGAGGAAGUCGCGUAAGGCACUAGCGACCAUAUGCCUCGCAGUGGAGGACUCACAGUUGCUACUGGUGCGCUCGGCGGAGAAUGCGUAUGAUGCUUGGUCGCGUCUGGAAGGACACUACGAGAAGAAGAGCUUGGAAUAUAAGCUCUUUCUUCGUCGCCGUUUCUUCACGACACUGAUGGGAGAAGGUGAUGACGUGUUAAAGCACAUCAACAAGCUCAAGACCCUGGCGGAGCAACUCGACGCGGUUGGUGCUCCGGUCAGCGAAGACGACUUGGUCAUCACUCUUUUGGCCAGUCUCAGCGAGUCCUAUCAGUUCCUGAUAACGUCGCUGGAGUCAAGAUCCGACUCGCUGACUUGGGAUUUAGUGACGUCUCGGCUGAUGCAUGAAGACCUGAAGCGCAAGGAGCAAGGUGGCGGAUUUGAAAUCGUGCAUGGGCAAGCUCAAGCGUUCAUGUCAAGAGACAACAAGCGAAACAGGCGACCAGGUAAGAAGACUGGUGCGUGCCACGAGUGUGGGAAACAAGGACAUUGGAUCGUGGAGUGCCCCUCGCGGAUCCAAGAAGACGCGGAACGACAUCGAUUCCAGCGUGCGAACGUGGCGCAAGAUGAUAAUCUUGGCGACUAUCUGUUCUCGGUUGGUGGUGAAGUCGCCAAGUCGAGUAACGUGUGGCUGGUCGACUCGGGUGCGACGCAGCACAUGACGAGCUCCAAGAAGUAUAUAAAGAACUACAAGGUCUUCAUUCCGGUCGAUGUGCACUUGGCAGACGAUGGUGUCGUUCUAGCGAUCGGAAAAGGCGACAUCGUGAUGUCAAUGAAGACGCCACGCGGUACCAAGAAAGGUGUGCUCACGGACGUGUGGCAUAUCCCGAUGUUAUCGCGUGAUCUGUUCUCCGUGGGUAGAUUCACCAAGGACGUCGGGCCAGUCACCUUCGAAACCAACGGAUGCUUCGCGGAGACGAAAGGUGUCAAGUGGAAGCUCGGUGCUCGCGAAGGCAAAGGGCUUUUCAAACUCUGCAUGACGCCAGAAGCGUCUAACGAGGCAAACGUGUCAAGUUCGAAUGAUUGUAAAAGGGGUACCGGGUCGUAUCUCUGGCAUCUUCGGCUUGGUCACAUCGGCCACGGAGGACUUGACGCCAUCGUCAAGAAAGGUUAUGGAACCAGCAUUGACUUGGCCUCGGUGAACAAAUGGGAGACUUGCAGCGGGUGUGCACUCGGCAAGCAAACACUAGUGAGCUAUAUGUCGAAGUCUCCUGAACAAGCAAAGGAGUUGCUGGAGGUCAUUCACAGUGAUGUGUGUGGACCCACGCCAACCCGUACCUACAGUGGCAGACGUUAUUUUGUUACAUUUAUCGACGAAUACUCACACAACUGUAUGGUAUUUCUACUCAAGAACAAGUCUGAAGUGGCGACCAGAUUUGCAGAAUUCGUCGCGUGGGCGGAAACCCGGACUGGAAAGCGCGUGAAGCAUCUUCGUAGUGACAAUGAUGGCGAAUACACCUCCGGUGCGAUGUCCAAGCUGUGUGUAUACCGUGGCAUUGUGCAGAAAUUUACGCCGCCGUACACUCCUCAACUGAACGGUGUUGCCGAAAGGAUGAAUCGGACAUUGGUGGAAAGCGUUCGCUGCAUGAUGGAACAUGCUGGGCUAGCAAAAUCGUAA